AUGGCUCCACCGACAUGGGCUACAGAUGAGCAAGAUGUCAUCCUGAUGUCAAUGUUAGCUGAAUAUUGCACUUACAUGCUGACAAAAAAUUACACGGAGUUCUGGCCCAAAAUCAACAAGAAUUUUUUUGCCCAAUGGCCAGUCCAUAAAAUAUACUAUCCUGAUGUUGAUGACGAGGACGAGCUGACCGAGGAGCAAAAGGAGGUGUAUAAGACACCAUUAAAAAAACGAAAAGAACAAAUCAUGCGCUGGUAUCAGUGGAAGACAAACCCUGCACAUCUUGCAUGUUCAGGUGGUUCGAAAGGAGUGCUUGCCAUGGAAAAAACACUCGCAGGAGGCACAUCCAUGCAUGCACCAAAGGAAGUCGAGCCUGACAACGCAAUUGCAGAGGGGGGAAUUACCUUGUGUGGCUCUAAGCUCCGCAUGCGUCAUGAGAUCACGGCAGAGAAAUACGAGGCGGAGUCAAUUGCUGUGAAAGAGAAGGUUAAGAAGGAGCACCGAAAGUUGAAAAAGAAGUUCAAGAAAGCCCGCAAGGUCGCCCAAGCUAAGGUGAGGGAAGAGGUAGACGACGAUACCAAGAUUAAGGCAAUCCAUGACCUUCCAGUGUUCUCCGUCCUCAUGGGUGGCCGCGAUCCAGAAGUUGGGGUAAUUAAAUCAUCCAACAGUUAUCACCUUGGUGAAUGCGCUGCUGGUGGCCAGUUUGCAGACUCGUAUGUCAUGUACAGUGAGGUUCUUAAGGCAUUUGCGAAUUUUGUGGACAGUACUAUCAAGCACGAGGACUCUCUCCCAGCUACCAACCACUACCACGACAGAGAGAGAGAGAUCGAAUGUGAUGAUAACAACUCAGAUGAUGAGGGUUCAGAUAGUGAGGCGGAUGAGGUUCGCAGUGGUGAAAGUACCGCUGCGGCAAAAGUACCAGGGGGAAAUAUUGGUCUUGGAAGCUCAAGGGAGUGGGGCACGCUUUAUCAGUUGACUGCGAAUGAGUGUAAUGCAUCACCAUCACAAACACAGUUCAACUUACUCGCUCAGGACUUAAGCUCACAUACGCAUGACUUGGACUUUCUCGCUUCUACUGAGCCGUUCGACUAUGAGGCUGCAAUAUCCUCUUUUCUGGAGACAUCUGUUGGGGCCAGCAUGGAUUCAGAGGGCGGCACUGACUUACAUCUGCCUUUUCUGCCUCCUGUGGGGCGUGAAGUUCCAAUCCCUCCAUUUGUCUGGCCUACGCCUCCUACUCCCCUUGCUUUUCAGUUAGACCCAGCGCUCCAUGGGCCUCAGCCUCCUGUGUCCAUCGAAGCUCCUGCUCAUACUCUCUCUGCAGCACCUGCUCAUACUCUCUCUGCAGCGCCUGCUCAUACUCUCUCUGCAAUGCCUGCUCCCCCUACAUUGCAGCCAGCACCUGCGACGCCCAGGCCUCCUGCUCCCUCUACUUUUGAGCCAGAGUCAUUGAUCCCCGCACCUCAGGCAUCUCAGUCAGCACCUGCAUCUGAGUCUCGUGCUCCCUCUGUGUCUGCUCCCUCUGUGUCUGCUCCCUCUGCAUCUGAGCCAACACCAGCACUUUCUGUAUUGGCACCUGAGCCUCUUCUGGUCUUAGUGUCUCAGCCCAAUACUUGCCAUAUUGAAGAAGAACAGCCUGGUGCUCGGCGUACUGGUAGGGCACGCCGAUCAGUCCCUUUCAAUCGCCGUGAAUUGGACAAUGUCAUUGGUGAUACUCCUCGGCGGUCUGGUCAAGUAGGCGGAGGCGCAAAUGCUACAUCAAUAACACAGGGCUCAAAACGCGGCAGCAAACGCAAUGCUGAGAACACUGGUAACACAUCUAAUAAAAAGUGA